AUGAUCGUUUGCAACGUGAGCCUGAGCUGUGCGCACUGUUCCGGUGAAGGAGCCGGCGGUACGGCGGCUACGGACGCGUUCGAAGAGGUGUCCGGUCCUCUCCCUCCACUUACCCUAAGCCCGACGGGUAACCUGGUUGUAGCGGUGUGCCUCGGCUUCAUCGGCACCAUCGGGUUCCUCAGUAACUUCCUGGUGCUCGCUCUGUUCUGCCGGUACCGGGCUCUGCGCACGCCCAUGAACCUCCUGCUGGUGAGCAUCUCUCUGAGCGACCUGCUGGUGUGCGUGCUGGGCACCCCGUUCAGCUUCGCGGCCAGCACCCAGGGGCGGUGGCUGAUCGGGCGCUCCGGGUGCGUUUGGUAUGGGUUCGUUAACUCAUGUUUAGGCAUCGUCUCCCUAAUUUCCCUCGCCGUUCUGUCCUACGAACGUUACUGCACCAUGAUUGCGCCCACAAUAGCUGACGGCAGAGACUACCGCCCGGCGCUGGGGGGGAUCUGCUUCUCCUGGCUCUACUCUGUGGCCUGGACUGUACCUCCACUGCUGGGCUGGAGCAGAUACGGGCCAGAGGGUCCUGGCACCACCUGCUCAGUCGACUGGAAGACCCAGACGCCAAACAAUAUCUCCUACAUCAUCAGCCUGUUCAUCUUCUGCCUGGUCUUGCCAUUUGGCGUGAUUGUCUACUCCUACGGCAAGUUGCUGCAGGCCAUCAGACAGGUCCGCAGUGUGAGAACAGUUGUGACCCGCCGCAGAGAGCAGCGUGUGCUGGUGAUGGUUGUGACCAUGGUGGUGUGCUACCUGGUCUGCUGGCUGCCUUACGGAGUGGCAGCUCUUCUCGCGACCUUCGGCCCCCGUGACCUUUUGACUCCGGAGGCGAGCAUCACGCCGUCGCUGCUGGCCAAGGUCUCCACUGUCGUCAACCCAUUUAUCUACGUAUUCAUGAACAAACAGUUCUACAGGUGUUUCAGGGCAUUCCUUAGGUGCUCCACCCCGGAGCGAGGCUCCAGCUUAAAGACAUUUUCACGGCCGACCAGGACGAUCCGCACCGUCCGCCAGGAGAAGGAACACCACGUGUCUGCUCCCGCACCCUCCUCAGCCCUGCCCACACCCGACUCCAUCCACGACUCUACACCAGGUGCCAAUCACGUUGCUCCAUCGCCAUUGAAGCGAGACUGUGCCACUUCCCAGAAGCCUGCUGCUAACAACCCCAAACCCAAACUGAUCCUGGUGGCUCACUACAGGGAAUAAAAACAGAGAAACAACAACAGAUGAUGGUUUACAGAAAAGAGGAGGAGCGACGAGGAGGGCGCCGGUCCCCAAUUAAGAAACAAAUCCUCUUAAUAGUAUGCUAGAAGAAGAGUGAGCGCAAAGUGAGCUCAGUGGGAGUCUUAACCACAAGAUGGGACAUUUUAAUCCCAGAACAGGUUGCUCUGUGAAGUUGGCAAACAGGGACAGACACAAAAUGCCAGUCUCAUUCUGCUUACCAGAGGCACUGUACACAAAGAAGGAGACUAGGGCUAAGCAUAGUGCAUCAUGUUGAGAUUACAGACAAAAACCCCCACAUAAAUAGGCUGAGGUGUCUUUGUUACGUAACUAAAUGAUGUUCUUUCUUAAUCUGAGAAAUUAUUCAGGAUCAAUUGUGGGAAAGCAAAGCUCUCUUUGGAGAUUUCAUUAAAGGGUUUGGUUUUUUUUAUUUUUAUUUAUUUAUUUGUUUUGUUUUUUUGGUAAACGGGGCAAUGAGGUAUUUUGUCAUGUGUUGCUUCCGUUAGCAGGAUUAUUCUUUUUUUCGGCGAUAAUUCAGUUGAAGAAGGGGGUAAGCAGUUUUUUUCCUGACCCCAUUUCCAUGCCUGAUAUUUGAGGAUUUGAUACAGAGUAUUAAAGAUUUGGUGAACAAUUUUAUGCAAUUUAGAACUGAGGAGGUUUCUAUUAUGCCUGUGUUUACACUGUGCUGCGUGUAGGCCCUCUGUCAUUGAUGCUGGGACUGUUAAGGAAGCCGUUAAAGGGACUUUUCACCAU